CUGUCAAGAAAUCCCUCGUUCUUUUACGUUUUUUAGCCUCAAAAUCUUCACUCUGCUGUUUGAUUUCAAUGGAACCUCUUGCUCCUCCGGAUCUUCCACCAGAUAUAAUCUUGAAGAUUUUAACCUGGACAUCACUAAAGAGUAUUGGGCGAUGCAGGGUGGUUUCAAAGGAUUGGAACUUGAUAACUUACGACUCAAGUUUCAUGCAGGAGCAUUAUCAAAAAAGAACAACAAUAUCCGGAUUCUUCAUGCAAACCAAGUCUCAGACCAAUCUCAUGCCCCAGUUUGUCUCCACGAACAAUUUGGCCACCGACUCUAAGCUCUCCCUCGACUUCUUGCCCGGUCCCGUCAGAAUCGAAGCGGCCACUAAACAAGGUAUUCUAGUCUGUGUGAAUUAUUACCCGGGAAAUAGACCAGAAAUACUCGAACAUUAUGUCUGCAAGCCUAGUACUCAGCAAUGGUGCAAGAUACCGAAUCCCGAAACUCGGUCCCAUGUUCUCGGAACUGGGAUGGUGGUACUCGGAUCGAAGCCUUUCCGCUACAAGAUAGUUCGGUUUUCAACACUCAGCACAAAUCCAUCCACCAUCAAGUAUCGUUGUCGAUGCGAGAUUUUCGAUUCAAAAACACGGGCGUGGAAGCAGUUGAAAGAUGUAAUAUUGUUGCCUGAAGGCAACUUCUUUAGAUUUGCAUCCGCCAUGUCUGUUUGCGGUACGCUAUAUUGGCUUCUGACCAACCACAACAACAACGUUUUAGCGUUUUGUGUAGACACCGAGAGGUGGAGGGUGUUUGAGUUGCCUUUCCCUCUGUGCAACAGGAAAUAUUUUUGGUACAGGAAGCUUGUGGAUUACAGAGGCCGCCUUGCGAUGCUUUGCAUGAGAUCAAGGACGUCUGAUAUGCAGCUGUGGGUUAUGGAAGACCUUGAAACAAAAGCAUGGAGUUUGAGACUAACAAUUUGCAUUAAGCAGCCCCUUCUUCCAAAGGACGAACCCUAUUAUUUUCCUCAUGCCUUUGUCUGCUCCGAUGUUCUACUCUUAAUGGGCGCUCACACUGCGGUAUUAUACAAUUUUAAGAGUUCUACUUGCGUUGUACGCGAGCUGUUGGAGUGUGAGGGCGGGCAACAGACUUUUCCCAUCCUUUCAGAUUUAGAGUUGGUUGGUGGUAUGAGCGACAAUUUUUUGACUUGA